AUGUCUAAUAAUGCCGACUUAUUGAAUGACCCACUUCAUGGAAUCUAUAUUCCGGUAGGCUUGCUGGUGGCGGGCCUGAGCAUCACCUGCUUGACAGUGAAUGAUUAUAAGUUUCUUUGGAUCAUUCCAUUUAUCGUCGUGGUCAUUGCUAUUAGAUUCACUGCGGCAUACAAGCGUCGGAAAUCUGUGUUUUCCGAUCGUUGGUCAGCUCUUGAGUUGGAGGAUCAGACAUUGAUCUCGAAAAACUCUGCAAUCUACCGCUUCAACAUGAAAACCUCCCUAGAGUCUUUGAACUUUCCCGUAGGCCACCAUUUAGCUGUUAAAGUCACGAUCGAUGGUAAGGACUAUGUGCGCUACUACACUCCAAUCUCUCCAAAAUUCGAGAAAGGAUAUUUUGACAUCAUUGUGAAAUCUUACGCUGACGGAAACGUUUCCAAAUACUUUGCCGGUCUCAAACAAGGGAGCACCGUUGAGUUUAAGGGCCCUGUAGGAAGAUUCAAUUACGUUGCCAACUCGUACAAGCACUUGUGUAUGAUCGCAGGAGGUUCUGGCAUCACUCCGAUGCUUCAGGUCCUCAACGAGGUCAUCACCAAUCCUGAAGAUUUGACCAAGAUUUCGCUGAUUUAUGCCAAUGAGACCGAAAACGACAUUCUACUCAAGGAGGAGCUUGACGAUAUCGCUGCUAAGUAUCCAAACUUUGAGGUGACCUAUAUCCUUCGUACCCCAUCUGCCACCUGGACGGGAGAAACUGGCUACGUCACCAAGGAACAUAUCCAAAAGUUUCUGCCAGGAUUUUCUAGCGAAAACAGGCUUUUGAUGAGCGGUAAGCCUGAAAUGGUGAGAAUGCUGUUGGGCUACGCCGAAGAGUUAGGGUGGCCGCAGGGUAUUGAAAAAUCGAAGGGGGACGACCAGGUUUUUGCCUUUUAA